AACAAGCCGGGUUACACAACGUGUCCUCUCUGAUUGACGAUAGAGAGGGAGAACAGAAAACAGCUUCCUUUCUCUUUCUCUUUCUCUUUCUCUGUCUCUCAGUGGGUUGCGUUCAAUUGGGUUUGGUGGAUGUAACUAAUACUAUCCUCUUCUGGUUCGUUCAGCUUUACCAUCGAUCAAUCAUGGAUUCUGUAUUUGAUACAGAGGCUCAAAAUGGGCUCUUAGAUAAUUCAGCAGAUGUUGAGCUUAGAUUAAAUCAUGAUGGUGCAAUUCUAGCAACUUGUGUUGUCGAGGAGGCUUCUAGUCUUGAGCAAAUUGAGCAAGUGGGUCAAAAUUCUUCAAGAGUGGAACAAAAUGCAGUUGAAGGAGACGAACCAUAUCUGGGCCAGGAAUUCGACUCAGAAGCAGCUGCACAUGCAUUUUAUAAUGCAUAUGCACUGAGAAUAGGUUUCAGAACACGUGUGAACGAUCUAUCUCGUUCUAGGGUCGAUGGCUCCAUCAUUGCUCGAACGCUAGUAUGUAACAAAGAGGGUUACCGAGUGGCUGAUAAGCGUGAGAGAAUGAGUGUGAGACCUCGACCCCCCACUAGGGUUGGUUGCAAGGCAAUGAUUUCAGUUAAGAAACUGAGUAUUGGAAAGUGGGUAGUUGCAAAGUUUGUCAAGGAGCAUACCCAUACACUGUCUCCAGGGAAGGGUAAAAAAGGAUCGAAUGAUCAAUCUACUACGGAUGAACAGAUGAAAAUCAAAGAACUAACUCAACAACUGCUGGUUGAGAGAAAGCGGUCUGCUUCAUAUAGAAAAAUCAUAGACCUCCUAUUCAAUCACAUUGAAGAGCACACUCAAAACCUGUCGCAAAAGAUCCAGCGCAUAACUGAUAAUCUCCAAGAAAUUGUAUCAUCCGAGGGAAAGGGAAAAGACCGUCGAAAUGUCUCCUAGUCUGCGUUUCGUUUUGUAAUGUAAAUGUGAAAUCUGUAAAUUGAAUUUUCACACUCGCCUUCUCAAUCUAUUGUCAAGUCAUGUUUACCGACCUAUCAGUUGAUAUGAUGGUGUGUAUUUCCUUUCCCUUUUCCUUUUCUAUAUGGGAUGGAUGGCUGUUGAUCAAAAUAAAUUUUUUGUUCAAUUAUUCAAUAGAAUCGAAUUAACAUUUACCUGUUAAUUUAGGAUUAAUCGUUUCGUUGCCUAUAAUUAAUGGUUUGUAUUUGUAUAAGGGGGAUGAGUAGAAUAACUAUAAGAAAUGUGAUUCUCAGAGCAGUUGGCUGCCAAUGCCAUGUUCGAGAGAAUAGAACAAUUUAUAUCAACAAAACCACCCGACCCAGUUCAACUAGAAAGCCCCACCUGUGCAUAAUAUUGAUUACAUUAUUCUUACGAAGACUGAAAUCCCAAAAGCCUCUUCCCUUUCGCUGGGACUGAGCUUCUCGCUUUGAAACAAACAUGGAGUUCCCGCGGAUCUGACCCGCCGGCAUUUCGGGCUUCAGAAAAAUCAAAUGACUCAUGGAUUCUGAACUUGAUAUAAAUAUUAAUGAUGGGGUGUUAAAUGAUUCAAGUGAUGCCGAGCUUAAGCAUUCCAAUGAUGGUGCAUUGGUAGGAAGCUUUGUUGAAGUUGAAGAGAUGUCUCAUCUUGGACAAGGACAAGAUGAUGAAGUGACUCAAAAUCCUUGUAAAGAUGGAUCAAGUGUAGUGGUCGAAGCACAUGAGCCGUAUGUGGGUCAGGAAUUUGAUACAGAAGAAACUGCACAAGCAUUUUAUAAUGCCUAUGGCAUGCGUGUGGGUUUCAUGACUCGUAUGAACUACCUGGCUCGAUCCAAACAUGGUGGAACCAUCAUUGGCCGGACUUUUGUGUGCAACAAGGAGGGUUACCGGAAGCCUGAUAGGCGUGAUAAGACUACCAUAAAGCCUCGGGCUCCCACUAGGGUAGGUUGUAAGGCCAUGCUAUCGAUAAAGAAAAUUAGUAUUGGGAAAUGGGUUGUCACAAGGUUCAUGAAGGAGCACACUCAUGCAUUGACUGCCACUGCCAACAAAGGUCAAAAAGGAUUGAUUGCUGAUCAAGUACCGAUUAUAAACCAAAUUGGACAACUGGAAAGCUUGCACACUCUUUGUAUAUGUGGAAUUGAUAUUGGAAUGGUCAAAUAUGUUAAAUUUAAUUGGCUGGAUGAUAAGACAAAGAUUGAAGAAUUAACUCGCGAGCUGUUCCUUGAGAGAAAGCAGUCUGCUUCACUUAGAGAAAUAGUUGAUCUUCUAUUUGAUCACAUUGAGGAACAUACACAAGACCUGUCAAAGAAAGUUCAGUAUGUUGUCGACAAGGUAUUAGAUCAUCCACAUCAACUUUGUCACCAUCUAACCCCAACCCCAAUAGCUGGGUAGCUUUCAUUGAGAAAAUUAUCCAUCGAAUCGAACCCUUCAAUUUGCUGAGACGAGACGCGAGGAGACAAGAGGAGAGAUCAGAAAUCAGAUGAUGGCAAAGGAGGUGAGAUUGAGAUACAUGCAGAACUGGGGCGAAGUUGCACCAUCCCUUCUUAUAUCCCACCACUACCGACACCACCAGGUCCAGAGAUGUUCAAAUAAUUAUCCGAAAUUGGAGGCCAUUAUCGAAGAAGGAUGUCAUGCUCAUGAUGAGAGCUUUCAAGUAGUUGUACCAAAGAGGCUCUUGACAUUUCUUCUUCCUAUCUUUCUUUCUUUCAUCUGUUACUUUCUCUUGUAUACACGUUUUGAGGGAAACUUCCUAAUGAU